GCCAUUCAGCUGCCUGGCGCCGCAGAGAGCACAUACAGCCAGAGCCUGCAGAGAGGCAGACACACAAACACAGACAAGAGGGGAGGAACAAGAGACAUCCAGCAGGCACGAAGAGACUCAAAAACAACCCCUGCUUGAUUCACAUCCACAGGAACCCUCUUUUGCACCUCCUGUUUCACCUGUGAUCUCCAGGAAAGGAGUCAGGAGCGCGUUUGGAACCGUGUUUUUUCCAGUAUAGAGGAAGCGUCGGAGCAGUCGUUUCAGUCGUUGCAGGGUCGGUGUGACUCAUUGAUAAAUAACACGAGCUCUCUCCGGACAGAUGCAUGAAUGACUGCCUGAGUAGGAAACCCGCAGUCAGGGAAUCUUUCAAGGAGACGCGCGUUUUCUAAUAAUCCACCUUGCGUCAAAUACGCACUGGACAUUUGCGCACAUCUGGAGUGAGAAUCUAUAUCAUCUGUUUUUCACUUUCUACCUUUUUGGCCCUCCAAGCAGAGGACUACAUAGAAGAAAUCCCACUCUGAUUUUUUUGGGUUGCUCGCCUCCAACGCGCUGCAGCCAGGGAACACUCUCUUAAACCCUCUCUUUUCCAAAUCAGCUUUCCCAACUCUUGCGCAUAAAUGCUCGACAAGCUCAAGCCCGUCGUCCAGCUCGACUCGGUAAUGGCGAUCAGCAAGACGGUAGGCUGGCUCCGGGAGCAGCUGGAGACGCGCAGGGAUGGCCUGCUGGUGAUGGACUGCCGGGCCCAGGAGCUGUACGAGUCCUCGCAUGUCGAGACGGCCAUCAACGUGGCCAUCCCGAGCCUCAUGCUCCGCAGGCUGAAGAAGGGAAACCUGCCCGUGAAGUCUCUCCUCUCAGACGGGGAGGACAGGGAGAAGUUCGUGCGGAGGUGCAAGACGGACACCAUCGUGCUGUAUGAUGAGUACAGCCGGGAGUGGAACGAGAAUGUGGACGGGGGAUCGGUGCUGGGGCUGCUGCUGAGGAGGAUGAAGGACGAAGGCUACAGGGCCUAUUAUCUGGAGGGUGGUUUCAGUAAAUUCCAAGCCGAAUACCCCUCUAUGUGCGAGACAAACCUCGACGGCUCCUCCAACAGCAGCUCCCCUACAGCGCAGGUGCUGGGCCUCGGCGGGCUGCGCAUCAGCUCCGACUCCUCGGAUAUCGAGUCUGACAUAGACCGGGACCCGAGCAGUGCCACAGACUCUGAUGGGAGCCCGCUGUCCAACCCGCAGCCCUCCUUCCCGGUGGAGAUCCUUCCGCACCUGUACCUGGGCUGCGCCAAGGACUCCACCAACCUGGACGUGCUGGAGGAGUACGGCAUCAAGUACAUCCUCAACGUGACUCCCAACCUGCCUAACCUCUUUGAGAACGCGGGGGAGUUCAAGUACAAGCAGAUCCCCAUCUCGGAUCACUGGAGCCAGAAUCUGUCCCAGUUCUUCCCAGAGGCCAUCAGCUUCAUAGAUGAAGCUAGAGGUCAGAAGUGCGGCGUCCUGGUCCACUGUCUUGCCGGCAUCAGCCGCUCUGUGACGGUAACAGUGGCGUACCUCAUGCAGAAGCUCAACCUGUCCAUGAACGACGCCUACGACAUCGUCAAAAUGAAGAAGUCCAACAUCUCACCCAACUUCAACUUCAUGGGUCAGCUCCUAGACUUUGAGCGCACUCUGGGCCUGAAGAGCCCAUGUGACAAUCGCAUAGCAACCCCCAGCCAGCCGCUUUACUUCACCACCCCAACGAACCACAAUGUCUUCCAGCUGGACCCCCUGGAGUCCACGUGAGGACCGCACAAACUCCCCCUCUACUUUAACUGGAGGUUUAUGCACCUCCUGUUUGGAAAAACCUGCAAAAAGUUUCUCUUUUUUCUGUCGUCUGGCAAGAUGGCACUGAUGCAGAAGGUUUGAGGCGACUAGUGCUGAGCGUGGUGACUGGAGGGCCGAAGCAGUUUGGGCCGAGACGCAGCUGCUUUUUGAAUAAAUGAGGAGAGACAGAAAAGACAAAGAGAGGCAUUUAAAGAAUGCAGAUACUUACUUCAAUCUUAUAUAACCGUUGGACUCCUGGGGGUCAUUUGUCUCUUUUUUUAUCUGCUCUAUCAGAGGAAAGUCAAAGUCGGACAGCUAGCUGUUUUGCUUCAAAGCUCCUGGGCUGGUGUGCCAAAGAGAAAUGACUGUUCGAACUGGACAGACCUAAAACCCUUUUGUAUGGUCGGUUUUGGGGUCCGGCAACUCGUUCACCCCGAGACGUCAAGAUGCAUCGUCUGCUUCGUCUUCUGUGAAGACUUGCCUGUGUGGGGUUAAAGCACCCCAGCUUUAAGUGGCACACUAUAUACUGGACUCGAUUUUACAUUUGUGGAGUCUUUUCAAACAUUUAUACAUUGUGUAUAUACAUCUUAAUAUAAAGAGACAAUACAGUAAAAGCCUUGCUCUAUAUAUACACCCUUUGCAACAAGUGGGUACUGAAGAUUCUUUGUUUCAUAUUCUACUUUUAUGUAAGCAAAACAAACAACAUAUUGAUCAGUAUGUUUAAGAUAAUUAUGCCAAAAAUCAAGUAGGCUUUGGAAGAAUUGUGCAAAAAUGUGUAAUGUGUAAUAUAUUUGAUAAUCGCUUUACGUGUGAAUUCAGCCGAAGGCCUUGUUUUUGCACCCCCCCGCCCCCUCACGAAUCAAAGUCACCUUGGUUGUUUGCCUUACUUUUACCCUCAGAAGGUUUUUGUGCAUUAGCCUCCAGAGAAAUUCAAACAACAGCCACCCAGAGAUUUUUUUUUUAAAUAAUCACACAACAAGCCAACCAAACCUUGAGUAAUUUUCAUUUUGGCACUAUGCAUGUUUGAGUCAGAAUGGCCAACAUGUCUUUGUCUGGGUCUCUGAAGGCUAAUGUGAAGUAAUCUUGUUCUGUGCACAAGGGUGAAAAGUCUCCGACAUGUGGAGAGAAAAGAGAAGUCUCAGUUCUUCUCACCUCUUCAGGGAAAAUUCUGCAAAAUGCAGUUUUUAUUUGUCAAGAUGAGAGAGAGGAAAAAGUGUUACCCAUCCACAGAGAAGGCCUCUUUCCAGAGGACACCAUCUUGGUAACCUCUGCCAACCCCACUCUACACUCCUCUCUUACGAAUGUAAAGAAAAGAUAAGUUAUUAAUAAAUUGCUAUUUUGUCUACA